UGGGCUUCCUGGGGCGCUGCCUGGUCCGGAGCCUCCCGCGGGGGCGGCCGGGCCUGAGCCCCGCCGGGCCCCGCUGCUACGGCUCCGGUGAGACCCGGCCCCGCCCCUGUCCUGCCCUGGGCACCCUUCCCUCAUCCCUGUCCUACCCCUGGGGACCCUGUCCCCAUCCCCAUCCUGUCCCCAGUCCCCUGCCUGUGCUGCCCCUCAGGGCUCCUGCUCCCAUCCUGUCCCCAUGGUGCCCCAUCCCCUCUCCGUGCCCGCGGUCCCCCAGCGCCCGUCCCUCCAUCCCGGGCGGAUGGCGGCUCCCUUGCGAGUCGGUGCCAGGGUCUGCUGUCCCCAGCCCCGUGUGCCGGCAUGGGGCAGAGGCCGGAGCUGGCGCUCCCUGAAGGUUCCAAGGGGUUUGGUGUCCCCAGGACUGGGAUGGGGGGACUCCUGUGCUGUCCUGCAGUUCAGCAGUGCCCAGGGCAGCGGGUGAGCUCAUGGGGUCGGUUCCUCCGGCUCUGUCCCCGCCAGCAUUGGGGCCACCCGGCCUCGCAGCCCGGGACGCGUCCCCGAAGCCUGGGAUUGGGAGUGAAGUGUCCUCUCUCCCUUCCCCUCCUUCCUGUCCCCUCUGUCCCUCCAGCGGACGGGAUGCGCUGUCCCUCGGGGACUUCUGUCCCCUCCCGCGGCGCAGCUGUGGCAGAGCCAGCGGCGGGGCGAGCCGCUGCUGCCCCACGGCGCUCGAUUUUCCUCUCCACCAGCGGAGGGCGGUGAGCAGGGACCCUCCGGGCAGGGGGAAGGACCCGGGGCCGAGAAGAAGACGGAGUCCCCAGCACCGGGACACGGCAGAGACAUCCCUGGCUUAAAGGCUCUUUCCUGGCCAUGGACACGUCCCCAACACCCACCAGGGCUUUGUGGCACGAACCCUGGCACCCCCGCCAGCCUGGGAGGCACAGCUUGUCCAGGGGACACGGCCCCGGGAUGGGAUGGGGACAGGGACGGGGGCCGAGUACAAGCCGUGGUGCCGCGGGGACAGCUUGGGCUCCUGCUGCCACCGGGGCCGUGUCUGGCGGGGUCCCGUGUCCCGCGGUGGUGACAGUGACCCGCGGUCCCCUCGCAGCCCCCCCGGCGCUGCAGGAGAAGACGCUGGUGGUGGCCAAGCCGGACGCGGUGCAGCGGCGGCUGCUGGGGGACAUCAUCCGGCGCUUCGAGCGCCGCGGCUUCAAGCUGGUGGCCAUGAAGCUGCUCCAGGCGGACCCGAGGCUCGUGGAGCAGCACUACGAGCAGCUGCGGCUGAAGCCAUUCUACCCCGCGCUCGUCGCCUACAUGACCUCGGGGCCGGUGGUGGCCAUGGUGUGGGAGGGCUACAACGCGGUGCGGUGUGUGCGGGCCAUGGUUGGGGACAGCGGCGCCGUGGGGACCAUCCGGGGCGAUCUCAGCGUGCACAUCACCAGGAACCUGGUCCAUGCCAGUGACUCCGUGGAGACGGCCCAGCGGGAGAUCGGCUUCUGGUUCCCGCGGGACGAGCUGGUGGCCUGGGACAGCAGGGACAGGGACAACAUCUACGGGCUCUAGGGCCAGCCCCCGGCCUGGGGGGGCCCCGCCCCCCAAUAAACCCCGGUGCCUCCA